AUGGAGCUGAAAGUAGCUACCAAUGGAUUCAUGGAAGAACUAGGACGUGGCGCUUUUGCAACAGUUUUCAAAGGAAUUUUAGCAUCCGAUGAUGGGAAAUGUGUUGCUGUCAAAAGAUUGGACACUAUGGUUAGAGAGAAUGAUUUGGAAUUUAGAGCUGAAGUGAGCUCAAUUGGCAGAACAAAUCACAGAAAUUUAGUCCAACUAUUAGGAUUCUGCAAUGAGGGGCAACAUCGAAUUCUGGUAUAUGAGUUUAUGAGCAAUGGCUUUCUAGCAAGCUUACUCUUUGGAGACUCAAGGCCAAGCUGGUACAGAAGAAGAGAUAUUGCCUUAGGAACUGCAAGAGGGCUCUUUUAUUUGCAUGAGCAAUGCAGCAGCCAAAUCAUACAUUGUGACAUUAAGCCUCAAAAUAUUCUUCUAGAUGACUCUUUCACUGCAAGAAUUGCUGACUUCGGCAUAGCCAAGCUUUUGAAAAUCGACCAGACUUAA